UCCCUUGUUUUGUUGAUAAAAGGAGGGACUCUCUCUGGAACAGACACUUACCAGUCUUUGGUCAAUAAAACCUUUGGCUUUCCAGGGUAUCUCUUCCUCUCUGUUCUACAGUUUUUGUAUCCUUUUAUAGCCAUGAUAAGUUACAACAUAAUAACUGGAGACACUUUGAGCAAAGUUUUCCAAAGAAUCCCAGGAGUUGAUCCUGAAAACUUGUUUAUUGGUCGCCACUUCAUUAUUGUACUUUCCACGAUUGUCUUUACUCUGCCUUUGUCCUUGUACCGAGACAUAGCAAAGCUUGGAAAGAUCUCUCUUAUUUCCACAGUUUUAACAACUGUGAUUCUUGGGAUUGCAAUGGCCAGGGUAAUUUCAUUGGGUCCACACAUACCAAAAACAGAAGAUGCCUGGGUAUUUGCAAAACCCAAUGCCAUUCAGGCUGUUGGUGUCAUGUCGUUUGCAUUUAUUUGCCACCAUAACUGCUUCUUAGUGUAUGGUUCUUUGGAGGAACGCACAGUAGCUAAGUGGUCCCGCAUCAUCCACGUGUCCACCUUGGUUUCUGUGCUUAUCAGUAUUCUCUUUGCUACAUGUGGAUACUUGACAUUUACUGGCUUCACCCAAGGAGACUUAUUUGAAAAUUAUUGCAGAAAUGAUGACCUGGUAACCUUUGGAAGGUUUUGUUAUGGAGUCACAGUCAUUUUGACAUACCCAAUUGAAUGCUUUGUGACUAGAGAGGUAAUUGCCAAUGUAUUUUUUGGUGGGAAUCUUUCAUCAGUGUUCCACAUAAUCGUAACAGUGGUUAUCAUCACCAUAGCCACGUUCGUGUCAUUGCUGAUUGAUUGCCUUGGAAUCGUUUUAGAACUCAAUGGUGUGCUUUGUGCAGCUCCCCUAAUUUUUAUCAUUCCAUCAGCAUGUUAUCUGAAACUGUCUGAAGAACCGAGGACACACUCCGAUAAGAUCAUGUCCUGUGUCAUGCUCCCCAUUGGUGCUGUGGUGAUGGUCGUGGGGUUCGUCAUGGCCGUGACAAAUCCGCAGGACUGCACGCACGGCCAGGAAAUGUUCUACUGCUUUCCUGACAAUGUCUCUCUCACGAACAUCUCAGUUUCUCAUUUUCAACUGACAACUCAACUUUCAGUUUUAAACAUCAGUACCUUUCAAUGAGUUGACUGCUUUAAAAAAUAUGUACAUUUUCAUAGACUUCUUAACCACAUCAUGGCAUUCACACAUGUUUUAGUGUCUAUAUUAUAAAAUUAUUGCCUUGGCAUUUAUUAAGACUUGGCUUUCCUUAUUCUUUAGCUCAAUAGGAAAUAUAAAAAAAAGAAUCAAAUCCAUUUUAUCUUAAGUUGGGACAAAAUAAAUGUCUUGUUUUACUGACUGCUGCACUCAUCUUAAUU